CAAGCUACCCUAACCUUAUUAAAUGUUGUGAUUUUUACGUAUUGAUAUGAAUUGUAUUUACAAUUUGUAAUUUUUAUAUUAUUAAUAUAAUUUUAAUUCAAAACUACUUUUAAGCGUUACUGUUCGCUAGUGAAGAUAUUUUAUUCUAGUAAUUAAAUAAAAGCUUUAACCAUGGAUGAAGUAGAGAAACUGGAAUACCUUUCCCUGGUAUCAAAAAUAUGUACUGAACUAGAAAACCAUUUGGGAAUGAAUGAUAAAGAUUUGGCGGAAUUCAUCAUACACCUCUCAGAAAAAAAUAACACACUAGAUUCAUUUAAAAAAGCCCUAUUAGAAAAUGGAGCUGAAUUCUCAGACUCAUUUAUGUCGAAUCUAUUGAGGAUAAUUCAUCAUAUGAAACCUAAAAAAGGUCAGCCUAAGAAGGGCGAUAUUGACAGAAUUGAAAGUGAUGGUUUGGCAUUUAAAUUUCCGGGCCUCGCUAUGCCGAAUAGAGCACCAGAACCCAUGAGUGAUCCGGAAGAAAAAGACGAUGAUGCAAAAGGAAAAAUUUCAAAUCAAGAUAAUGACAUUGUGGCUGAUCUGAUGGCUCAACUUGAAGCAGAUGCUCCUUCUGCAAAUAAAGCGAAAGCUUGCAGUCCUGCUAAAAGGCAAAGGUCUAGAUCCAAAUCGAGACACAGAUCUAAGUCAAGAUCGAGGUCAAGAGACAGAAGGCGAGACAGAAGAGAUCGACACUCAGAUCGGACAAGAAACUAUGAUAAAGAUGGUAGAAAUUAUGAUAGAGAUCGACAUAGAGGUGAUAGAAGGGCUAGAGACAGAGAUAGGGAUAGGUCAAGAGAGAGAAAUAGAUCAAGGGAAAGAAGAAGAUCAAGGGAUAGAAAAGAACGUCGAAGUAGAUCUAGGAGUAGGAGUAGAAGAGACAGAAGGAGUGAUGACAAAAAGUAUAAAUUUGAUAGAAGAGGUAGCCCUGAAUUAGAUGAUGAUCCUGUACCGGGAAAAAUAUAUAACGGUAAAGUAGCAAAUAUAGUACCUUUUGGAUGCUUUGUUCAAAUAGAAGGUUUGAGACGAAGGUGGGAAGGUCUGGUACAUAUUUCCCAAUUGAGAGCAGAAGGCAGAGUUACUCAAGUAUCUGAGGUAGUUUCUAGAGGGAACAAAGUAAAGGUUAAAGUUUUAUCACUAACUGGCCAAAAAGUUUCACUAUCAAUGAAAGAUGUUGACCAAUUGACCGGAAAAGAUUUGAAUCCAUUGUCUCAUGCUCCACAAGAAAGGGAAGACAGAGACAGAAAUCCGGACAGGCCAACUCACAAUAGUACUUCGGUACUUCGUUUACCAGUAAAUAUUGAUGAAAACGAGGAGGAUUCAAGAAAAAGGGUCACUAAAUUAUCUAGCCCUGAGAGAUGGGAAAUAAAGCAGAUGAUUUCGUCCGGUUGCAUAGACAAGAGCGAACUGCCCGAAUUCGAUGAAGAAACCGGUCUUUUACCGAAAGACGAAGAAGAUGGCGAAGCAGAUAUCGAAAUUGAAUUGGUCGAAGACGAACCUCCAUUUUUGAAUGGACAUGGUCGAGCGUUACACGAUUUAAGUCCUGUUAGAAUUGUGAAGAAUCCUGAUGGUUCUUUAGCACAAGCAGCCAUGAUGCAGUCCGCUUUAGCUAAAGAGAGACGGGAACAAAAAAUGCUUCAGAGGGAAGCAGAGGUGGACUCUCAACCUUCUGGAAAAAAUAAAACUUGGAUUGAUCCCUUACCUGAAGAUGAAUCAAAAGCAAUGCCAAGUAGAGGUAUAGGUUUGCAAUCUCAAGAUCUACCAGAAUGGAAAAAACACGUUAUUGGUGGUAAAAAAUCAUCCUUUGGAAAGAAAACUAACCUCAGUAUCAUAGAACAACGACAAUCUUUGCCCAUUUAUAGACUAAAAGAAGAAUUAAGAAAGGCUGUAACUGACAACCAAAUACUAAUUGUAAUUGGGGAAACUGGCUCAGGAAAAACCACACAGAUUACCCAGUAUUUAGCAGAAGAAGGUUUUACGGCAAGAGGUAAAAUCGGUUGCACCCAACCGCGUCGUGUGGCCGCCAUGUCGGUAGCCAAAAGGGUCGCGGAAGAGUUCGGUUGUAGAUUGGGACAAGAAGUUGGUUACACUAUUCGUUUUGAAGAUUGUACCAGUCCUGAAACAAUUAUAAAGUACAUGACAGAUGGUAUGUUGCUUCGAGAAUGUUUGAUGGACCUCGAUCUGAAAGGAUAUUCAGUCAUUAUGUUGGACGAAGCGCACGAAAGAACAAUCAAUACUGACGUCCUGUUCGGUCUCUUAAAACAAGCCGUUACCAAAAGGCCUGAACUGAAACUUAUUGUCACUUCCGCCACCUUGGACGCUGUCAAAUUUUCUCAGUACUUUUUUGAAGCGCCUAUUUUCACCAUACCUGGCAGGACCUUCCCGGUAGAAGUACUGUACACCAAAGAAGCGGAGACUGAUUAUUUAGAUGCCAGUUUGAUAACUAUUAUGCAAAUACAUCUUAGAGAACCGCCUGGAGAUGUAUUGCUGUUUUUAACUGGUCAGGAAGAAAUCGAUACUGCUUGUGAAAUUUUGUAUGAAAGAAUGAAAUCUCUAGGACCUGAGGUACCCGAACUUAUAAUUCUUCCUGUAUACUCUGCUUUACCAUCAGAAAUGCAAACGCGUAUUUUCGAACCGGCUCCUCCGGGCAGCAGAAAAGUGGUAAUAGCUACCAAUAUCGCUGAAACUUCAUUGACAAUCGAUGGUAUUUUUUAUGUGGUGGAUCCAGGUUUUGUCAAACAGAAAGUUUACAAUUCAAAGACUGGAAUGGAUUCACUUGUGGUCACACCUAUUUCACAAGCUCAAGCAAAACAAAGAGCUGGUAGAGCAGGUCGUACCGGUCCAGGAAAAUGCUAUAGGUUAUAUACAGAAAGGGCGUAUCGCGAUGAAAUGUUACCCACACCUGUACCCGAAAUUCAGAGAACAAAUCUCGCUACAACUGUCCUUCAAUUGAAAACUAUGGGUAUUAAUGACUUGCUCCACUUCGAUUUCAUGGAUGCCCCACCGGUAGAAUCGCUUAUCAUGGCGCUGGAGCAGCUUCAUUCCCUUUCGGCCCUUGACGAUGAGGGUUUAUUGACCCGACUCGGUAGAAGGAUGGCAGAGUUUCCACUUGAACCAAACCUCUCCAAGAUGUUAAUUAUGUCUGUGGCGCUGCAAUGCUCGGACGAAAUCUUGACCAUAGUGAGCAUGCUCUCGGUACAAAACGUCUUUUACAGACCAAAAGACAAGCAAGCGUUAGCCGACCAGAAAAAGGCGAAAUUCAAUCAACCGGAAGGUGAUCAUAUCACUUUACUAGCCGUCUACAACAGUUGGAAAAAUAACAAAUUUUCCAAUGCCUGGUGUUAUGAGAAUUUCGUCCAGAUAAGGACUUUAAAAAGAGCACAGGAUGUAAGGAAACAAUUGUUAGGGAUUAUGGACAGGCACAAAUUGGAUGUGGUGUCUGCUGACAAGAAUACUGUCAGAGUGCAGAAAGCAAUCUGUUCCGGUUUCUUUAGAAAUGCUGCCAAAAAGGAUCCCCAGGAAGGUUAUAGGACUUUGGUGGACAGCCAAGUCGUUUAUAUUCAUCCAUCUAGCGCUUUGUUCAAUCGACAGCCAGAAUGGGUCAUUUAUCAUGAGCUUGUCUGCACCACAAAAGAAUACAUGCGUGAAGUAACGACAAUAGAUCCAAAGUGGCUAGUGGAAUUCGCACCUGCUUUCUUUAAAUUCUCAGAUCCAACGAAAUUAAGCAAAUUUAAGAAGAACCAACGAUUGGAACCUCUUUAUAAUAAAUAUGAGGAACCAAAUGCUUGGAGAAUAUCUAGAGUUAGACGAAGAAGAAAUUAAGACAUUUGAGUUAGGAAUAAAAUGUACAUAUACAUAUAUAUAGAUAUAUAUGUAAUUGUGUAUAUAGAAAUAGCUGCAUGGUACAUUACCAGUAAUUUACGUUAACAUUGGUAAUAUUGACAUAAAAAAUAUAAACACCUUUUUAUUAAGAUAUUAUAUUAAGUGUAGUUAUAAUAAAAAUAGUCAUCUGUU